CCAAACGGGCCACGGCAGUUUCCGAGGCGUACCUGAAGGUUGCAGUGUGGGAAGUGGGAUGAAUGAUGUACUGCAGCCCUGCAUCGUGCUCCGUACACGUGUAGAGCCAAUUUGGGGGGGAUACAUGGCUUUGUGAUGAGCAAAGACGUUGCUGUUCGGAUUGAUAUUUGGGCUCUUACAAAAGAUCUCUGUCGUUGACAAUUUGCUUGGAAGCCUACCGCUGGCCGAAGAAUAUUUCGAUACCAGAGCACAAUGAUGAAGUACAUCCUGGUUACCGGAGGAGUCAUCUCUGGCAUCGGCAAAGGCAUCAUCGCAAGCAGCGUGGGCACAAUCCUGAAGUCAUGCGGUUUACAUGUUACUGCCAUCAAGAUCGACCCUUACAUCAACAUAGAUGCAGGCACAUUUUCACCCUAUGAGCAUGGUGAAGUGUUCGUGCUGGAUGACGGCGGCGAGGUGGACUUGGAUCUGGGGAACUACGAACGCUUCCUUGACAUCCGGCUGACGAAGGACAACAACCUGACCACUGGCAAGAUAUAUCAGUCAGUCAUCAACAAGGAGAGGAGGGGAGACUACCUGGGCAAGACAGUGCAGGUGGUGCCACACAUCACAGAUGCCAUCCAGGAAUGGGUUGUGAAACAGGCUAGAGUGCCAGUUGAUGAUGAUGGUGUAGAACCUCGGGUCUGCGUGAUUGAGUUAGGAGGCACUGUCGGAGACAUAGAGAGUAUGCCUUUCAUUGAGGCCUUCAGGCAAUUCCAGUUUAAAGUGAAGAGAGAGAACUUCUGUAACAUUCACGUCAGUCUGAUACCACAGCCCAAUGCAACAGGAGAGCAAAAGACCAAACCAACACAGAACAGCGUCAGAGAGCUGAGAGGACUGGGCUUGUCUCCAGAUCUGAUCAUGUGUCGCUGUACCACCGCUCUAGAGAACUCUGUCAAAGAAAAAAUCUCCAUGUUCUGCCAUGUAGAACCUGAACAGGUCAUCUGUGUGCACGACGUAUCGUCCAUCUACAGAGUACCGUUAUUGCUGGAGGACCAGGGUGUGGUGAGCUACCUGAGCAGGAGACUGAACAUGCCCAUAGAGACCCACCCCAGGAAAAUGCUGAUGAAAUGGAAGGAGAUGUCUGACAGGUCAGACAGACUACUCGAGCAAUGCUCUAUAGCGCUGGUCGGGAAGUACACCAAGUUCUCUGACUCCUAUGCUUCUGUUAUCAAGGCACUGGAGCACUCAGCCCUGGCCAUUAGUCAUAAAUUGGAGGUUAAGUACAUAGACUCGGCAUCUUUGGAGCCGAGCACUCUGCAGGAGGAACCGGUGAAAUACCACGAGGCAUGGCAGAAACUCUGCAGUGCUGAUGGCAUCCUGGUUCCAGGAGGGUUUGGCAUCAGAGGAACUGAAGGGAAGAUGCACGCCAUCAACUGGGCCAGGAAACAGAAAAAACCUUUUCUUGGUGUGUGUCUUGGAAUGCAGCUGGCUGUAUGUGAAUUUGCCAGGAAUGUGCUGGGCUGGAAAGAUGCCAAUUCAACUGAAUUUGACCCAGAAUCAAAGCAUCCCGUGGUGAUCGAUAUGCCAGAACACAACCCUGGACAAAUGGGUGGCACUAUGAGGCUAGGGAAGAGACGGACUAUUUUCAAGACUAACAGCAGUGUAUUGCGCAAGCUUUAUGGAGAUGCAGAACAUGUAGAUGAAAGACACAGACAUCGGUUUGAGGUCAAUCCUGACUUGAAAAGUCACUUUGAAGACAAGGGCUUCCACUUUGUGGGUCAAGAUGUGGAAGGGGAAAGGAUGGAGGUUGUAGAGCUGGAUGAUCAUCCAUAUUUUGUUGGAGUGCAGUACCAUCCCGAGUUCACCUCUCGCCCCAUAAAUCCAUCACCACCCUACUUGGGUUUGCUGCUGGCUGCUGCCGGGAAGCUGCAGAGCUACUUACAGAAGGGCUGUCGUCUGUCUCCACGGGACACAUACAGUGAUGGAAGCGGCAGCAGCACCCCAGAUUCUGAAAUGGCAGAAGAUUGCCUUCCAUCUCAAAUGAAUGACUUAGCCAGUUCUGGACUUGAUGGAAGCGGACUACAUGGUCGCUGAUCAAAGAUCAUGGCUGAUUUUCAGUCUAGGUAGCACUGACUACAGGCAGCUAUGAAGUGAAUUACAGAGAUGGGCUGCUUCUGACAGCCUGGCUGUAGCUUAAACAGCCAGGCUUAGGCCUUAAUGUUUGUUGGUAUGCAGAUUUGUCACCUACUACUGCUGUUGUGGCUUUAUUGCAGCUUUAAAAC